CAACAGGAACGGUUAGUCGUAGAGUCCACAAAAACAGCAGCCGCCAUCGCUAAGAGCAACAGCAACAACAGCAGCACUAGCGGCAGUGGCAACAACAACAACAGCAGCAGCAGCAACAACCAUAAUCGCGGCUAUCAAAUUGAUGCAAACCGAAACCAAAUACUCAACAACAGCCCGCAAAUGGAGGCUCAUGCACGCAGCCAGAAGAUAAUCAUACAAAAUCAGAUGAUCCUCAAUGCCAGCCAUCAGCAGCAGCAGCAGCAUCAGUCGCAGCAGCACCAACAUGUUGCUGGCGGCAAGAAAGCGGCCAGAAAGCACCACCAACAACAGCAGCAGCAGCAACGGCAGCAGCAGCAACAGCAGCAGCAGCAGCAGCAACAAGCACAGACCAGCGCGCCUAUGUACAAUAAUAACACCAACAGCAAUAAUAACAACAGUAACAACAACAGCAAUAACAUCAGCAAUAACAACAACAACACCAGCAACAACGGCAAUAAUCAGGGACAUGAAGUGUCAGUGCCCGUCUCGCACAUAAUUGCCAACUCACCAACAGCAGCCACUUACAUGCAGGCCCAGCUGACCGGCCUGCACACCGGCAACACCAUCGGCGUCGGCGUUGGCGUUGGCGAUGCUAGCGGCAACAUGAACAUGCCCAUCGUCACCUACAAUGGGAAUCAGUAUUGCGUUAUAACCCGUGCACCGGAGUCGGAUGCGAUUGCCAUGCAGAAGCAGUCGCUGCCCCUGGACUAUGGCCAGGCCACCACAGCCAAUAUUAUUGUAAUGUCGCCAAUGCUGCCCCCGCAACAACAACAACAACAGCAGCAGCAACAACAACAGCAGCAGCAGCAGCAAUAAACGAAGCUCGUCAUGAUUUGCAAAUUAAGUACUGAGAAAAUGAGGCGGAAAAUUUAAGCUGGCAUCGGUGCAUGGCCCGAGGCGUUGGUGGCGUUGCCUCAUUAGCCAAGCCCCUGAAUUUCGAUAUUGGAUAUCGAAUAUCGGCAGUAAAUGGCGUCUCAUAACUGGCAUUUGACGAUGGGGAGAAAGGCAGCCGCAUUGCCCGCCAAGUAAACGGAUAAGAAAGUGCGCAGCCUCAGGAUCCGUCUUCAAGUUUGCAAUUAGCCUCAGCUCGCAAGCAGCUAUAAAUACAAACUGUAAAUAAAGUUUUUAAAAAACAACAACAAAAUUAAAUUAAAAGAAAAAAAAAACUAUGAAACCAAAAAAUGAUUUUAAGAACACCUAAGUAUAUGUUUAAUUCUAAGAGGUAACCCAUACCCAGCCGGCCGAGAGAUGUUUUUAAAUACUUUUCGCAUGUAAUGCUUCUUAAAUUCAAACACAAAAUCGUUUUUUAAAUGGUUCGUUUUAAAAACCCAUAACUAAGCAAAUACAAAUAUGAAUAAUGUUUAUGUGAAUUGAAAACAAAAAGGAAAAACAAAUGUAAACACCAUUAACUAUGUAGUCUAAGUCAUUUUACAUAUCCAUUGAAAAUCUCAAAAAAACAGCAUACAAAUAAUACCCAUACAGCCAUAAAACUGAGAUAUUAUUUACUUAUUUUUGAACAUUCCAACUUUUUGUUGAACACAUCUUCAGUUCAGCAUUAGAAGUAUCUAUUAAAAUGGGCUACCAUUUCGAUGAGCAUCAAUGUAUUUGUAUAAUAGUUCGCGUUUAAAUCAAUUGUUUAUAAUUAUGCUAACGGAAAUACAAUAUCUAUGUCUUAAAAAGAAAAAAAAAACAAAAAACACCUAUGUAAUAAUGUAAGUAGUUCAGUAGUGUCCGUCAAUGAUACUCACAUUCAGAAUUACUACAGCAACAGUGUGGAAGGUAAAUAU